UGCGGUGUCUACGCCAGUCUACCGGUGGCUGCGGUAGGUGCCGCCUGUGUCUCCCGCGCACCAACGGAUUUACCUCGUUCAACCACGUGCUAUAAAUAUGAAUACCCUCAGAAUAGCAGCUUUCUUGGUGGUGGUGGCUCUAUCUUCUAGCUCAGUAGUCCAAUCUCCAGGCAACAAAGACACAUUCGAGCUACUCAUACUCCACAACAAUGAUAUGCACGCGCGGUUCGAACAAACAUCACAGCUGAGCGGGACCUGUACCACUGUCGACAGGGAAGCCGGGAAAUGCUAUGGAGGAUUCCCGAGGGUUGCACACGUGUGAGUGAAGCUCGCAAAGCUGCAGCGUCAGGAGAAGGCCCCCCAGUAUUGUAUCUGAACGCAGGAGAUACAUACACGGGCACGGCAUGGUUCACCAUUUACAAGUGGAAGAUCGCCGCCGAAUUCCUAAACGCCUUACAACCAGACGCUGUGUCAUUGGGUAACCAUGAAUUUGAUAAUGGGGUGUCAGGUUUGACACCAUUCAUUGAAAAUCUCACAUGCCCUACACUUGCUGCAAAUCUAAUCCUCGACAAAGUUCCUGAAUUGGAAAUGGAAAAAAAACUCAUGAAAUCUGUAAUAUUUGAUAUCAAUGGAACAAAAGUUGGUGUUAUAGGAUAUUUAACACCAGACACCCAAGUAUUAGCUAUCAGAAACAAUGUCGAAUAUAUUGAAGAAACAGUUUCAAUCAAAGCAGAAGCAGCCGCCUUGAAAGCAAUGGGAGUAAAUAUUUUGAUAGCGCUUGGUCAUUCUGGAUUCACAAAAGAUUUGGAAAUCGCUGAAAAAGUCGACGAUAUUGAUUUAGUUAUUGGCGGACACACAAACACUUUUCUUUGGAAUGGAACUAGUCCCGAUUCAGAGAAACCUGAAGGACCAUAUCCGAUGAUAGUUAAGCAAACAUCAGGAAGAAAAGUGCCCGCCGUGCAAGCAUACGCUUACACAAAGUAUCUUGGGAAAUUACACCUUAUUUUUAAUUCAGAUGGUGAACUUGUUUCCUAUAAUGGCAAUCCUAUUCUCUUAGAUAAUAAUAUUCCUCAAGAUCCAGAUGUUUUACAAAUUGUAGACCGUUAUAGUGUUGAUAUUUUGAAAGUUACUGGUGUAGUUAUCGGGAAAAUUUCAGUGGUAUUGGAAGGUAAUUCAUGUCGUCUUAGAGAAUGUAAUUUAGGAAACUUAAUAUCGGACGCAAUGGUUUUUAAAUAUGCAUCAGAAUAUAAUGGUCCCGGAUGGACUGAUGCUCCAGUAUCUAUUAUACAAGGUGGGGGUAUAAGAGCAUCUAUUGUUAAUUCCAACUUGCCUGCUAAUGUCACAAAAGGUGAACUUUUACAUGUGAUGCCUUUUGAUGGUAAUAUGGUGGUUGUGUCUUUAAAUGGGUCAGUUAUUUGGGAAAUGCUAGAACAUUCUGUUGCUAAAUAUAAUGAAAAACGUCCACCAGGACAGUUUUUACAGUUUUCUGGAUUAAAAGUUGAGUAUGACUUUUCAAAACCCCCUUCUAGGAGAGUAGUCAAAGUAUUAAUCCGUUGCGGUUUGUGCACUAUACCUAAAUACUACUCGCUUAACAAAUUUAAGAGUUACAAUAUUUUAAUGACAUCCUUUUUAUCUAUGGGUGGUGAUGGCUUCUCCAUGUUUACAAAUCACCCGACUACUCCGUUGCAUUAUGAUGAAUUAGCUUCAACUAUAAAAUAUAUUCAAACACAUAGUCCUGUAUAUUCAGGAAUUGAAAAUAGAAUUGAAAUAAAGAAUUUGGAUAAACUCUCGAAUUCCGUUACAUCCGUGAAUCAAUCGAUGGCUUUAACAAUUUUAAUAAGUGUGAUCACAAUAUUCAUGUAAAUAUUUAUAGGUAUAUUCAAUUACAUGUAGCCGGCAAAACAGUAGAAGUGAAUAAUCCACUUCAAACCAGUUUUUAAAGUC